AUCGGCAUGCAAUGCAAGGCAAUCGGCACUAAGAAAAACAUUGCAAGAGUUGGGUACAAUUCCUUAUCACAUGUCGGGUAACGUAUACGCUCGCUAAGCUGCUGUACAACUUGUAAGUAAAUCUAGCGCUAUCGAGGGACACACCCCGAAAAGCAGAAGUGAUCGCUGGUUACGAUUCCGUGUUCAACAACAGCACAGUUCUAUCCGUACACUGACCACGAUCGCAACGCUACACCGUCUCAGUGUGGAAUCAACUGAAAUCGACCAUUGUACUGUGAGUUAGGUUUGGCGCUAUCUGCAAACGGAGUAAAAAUAAGUGAAAUGGGCACGUUAGUAACUAAACCUACAAUCGAUGUGCUUCCAGAAAAGGUGCUUUGCAUGAUUUUCGACCGGCUGGAUCGUGAUAACGUAAAAAACGCAUCCCUUACUUGCCGACGAUGGCACGACAUCAUCUUCUGUAGUGACUACAUUAAUAGAUUUCAACUCUGUAUUAGUUUCGAUUGGCCAUGGAAUGACGCAGCUCGUUCGCGGGAGGUGAUGCAAAAAUUGAAUGAUAGUGUGAAACAUACUAAACGAUGCUAUAAGAAAAUGUGUCUGGUCGCAACGGAAACCACAACACCGGUUGAAGACAUGCAGACAAUUUGGAGAAUAAUUCAUCCAAAAGUCACAAACAAUCUAAUUUCGCUGGCACUAGAAUUCACGUGGUUUUGCUCGAUACCGGCGAUGAGAGUACUUUCGGAUUGGGUAAAGCUGAUGCCUAAGCUUCAAUCGCUAAGCGUUGCGAAUGACCAUGAAGGUGUAGACAAUUACAUGUACACGAUAAGCAGCACUACUGUAAAGCAUAUGCAGAGUGCUGGUCCAUAUAUUUUCGCAUUUGAUAUGCCGAAAUUAGAAUCAUUUUCAGGACAAAUGUGCAUCCUUGGUCAACUAGAUGAGUCUGCUAAACUGAAACGCGUUGAGUUAUGUGGUGGUCCCAACGAAUCGAAAGAUAUAUCGGUUGUCCAUCCAUUGGCACAUGUAGAGACACUGGCACUGUUCUUUUCCGUAGAAGAUUGGCUCCUUGCUGCAAUAUGUGAUACCUGCACUGCGCUUAAGCAUCUAUAUGUUGGUUAUCACAGUGGACUGAAUAUCCGUUCAACCACCUUAAAACGACUUUCAAAGCUCGUAAAUCUUCGUGAACUUGUAAUUCGUUCAAUCAGUAUGCAGGAUAAGCUGCCUUCUGACUUUGACCUUGGCCUAUCGAAUCUAACAAAACUAGAAUUACUAGAUCUGGGAUCGGAUGCGCUGGAGGCGCCGACCUUAACGAGCCUCCCUAAAUCGAUCAGAUCUCUUACCGUGCGUAUCAACGCUAGGAAUGAAACAAAAGUUAUAGAGUCCAUUACCAACACUUUGCCGCAGUUGCAGAAGCUGCGUUUGAUGUAUCCAGAGCAACCACGCGUUCAAGUAGCAAAGCGCAGCAUGCAGUCUCUUCAACAUCUUAAGCGACUAGAGGUGCUGGUGUUUCAGAACGCGAAAUUCGGUGAAUCGCUUCACCUUGAGAUAGAAGCACCGCUGCAAAACAUGCGUGAGCUGCUGUUCGUAAAUUGCGAACUGGAUCGCAACCGUCUUCGAGGAUUUCGGCCAAUUUUUCCUAAUCUCGAGGAGCUUCAGUUUUCAUCGUACCUUCAAAUAGAUUACUUCACUAACCAUUUCGAAAGUAAUGGUUGGUAACGAAGAGCAAUAUUAAAUUGUACUAAAGCAGGAACGGCUAUUCCGGCGACUUUGCUUCAUGCGGACAACGAAGAAAAGGAUGCACGCAACUGACGAUUAGUUAAGAAGAAGAAUCAUCUAAACUUUGUGAGCUCUUGAUGUUACUCCAUAGGUGUAUAAGAAAAGUGAAAUAAAUACGCACAUUCUUACCCUUGUCAUAAAAUA